AUGGAUCUCCUUCGUGACAGCACGCUAGGACAGCUUGUCCGCUUUGUCACCAAUAAUCAAUGUCUUUUAUACCCCGAGGAGCAGGCAGGCUUCGUAUAUCCCGGCAACUAUGAGGGAGCAUCAUUGGCAUUUGUUCCAACACCAGGGCUACUCUACAAGUCUCUUAUCGAAGUUCCAAUACCAGGCUUUGGAACAACCACACCACAGUCUAUCCAACGUGACGAGGAAUCCUCUUCAAAGCAGGCGGAAGCCGUCAUUCUGGUUGCUUGGUACAGCGAGUUGGAUGCCGAAAACCCCCAAAAUUGGAGCUCGUGGAAGAAGACCAUGGUGACCGCGGUGCUGUCGCUAUAUACAUUCACCGUGUACUGUGCCUCUGCCAUCUAUACACCGAGCGUCGAGGGGGUAAUGAAUGAGUAUGGGGUCAAUCAUACGGUCUCCACCUUGGGCCUUUCGCUUUACGUGCUUGGAUACGGCACUGGGCCCCUCGCCUUCUCGCCAAUCUCUGAAAUUCCCAGCAUCGGAAGAAACACACCUUACAUCCUAUCGUUAUUUUUUUAUGCUUUGAUGGCCAUCCCAACGGUUCUGACGCGGAGUCUUCCUGGGUUUCUCUUCUUGCGAUUCUUGACAGGCUUUCUUGGUUCCCCGUGUCUGGCGACCGGGGGCGCGACACUUCAAGAUAUGUAUUCAUCCAUGAAACUUCCCUAUGGUUACACCGCCUGGGUUGGGGCCACGUUCUGCGCGCCAGCGCUAGGCCCUGUGAUCUCCGCCUUCGCAGUCACGGCCAGCGGUAACUGGCGAUUGUCAUUGUGGGAAGUUUUCGGAAUGGCAACUUUCACCUUUGUGGUCAUGUUUCUCACCUUCCCGGAGACAUCUGCUGCAACAAUUCUCCUCCGCCGAGCCCGUCGGCUUCGCAAGCGGCUCGGUGAUAGACGAUAUAUCUCGCAGUCCGAGAUUAGCGAGGCCAAGCUUUCUUCACGCCAGACUGUUGCAAACGCUUUAAUCCGUCCUCUCCAGAUAACAGUCCUGGAUCCGGCCGUACUAUUUACCAAUGUCUAUAGCUCCUACAGCUAUGGAGUAUACUACAGCUUUUUCGAGGCCUUUCCACUUGUCUAUACGGAUAUAUAUGGGUUCGAUCUCGGCUUGACGGGUGCUGCGUUUUUAUCAAUUGUUGGUGCAUCCUUGCUCGGCACGUUGCUGUAUCUGAUAUAUAUCCAUUGGUGUUUGGUGGGUCUCAUCACUCGCCUUCUUUCAUCUUAUACCCACCGGUACCAACCCUUAAAAAUACUGACCAAAUGAAGAAACCUAGAAUCAUAAAGCAUGGACCCGGGGCUCCAGAGGAGCGCCUCAUCCCCGCAAUCUUCGCCUCCUUCCUGCAACCUAUCGGCCUAUUCAUAUUCGCCUGGUGCAGUCGGCCAAGCAUACACUGGAUCGGUUCUAUGUUUGGCAUUGUACUAUUUAGCGCAGGGGGCUUUGUCAUGUUUCAAGGGAUUUUCAUGUAUCUCCCCCUCUCGUACCCUCAGUAUGCCGCUAGUUUGUUUGCCGCGAAUGACUUUUUUCGAUCGGCUUGGGCAGCCGGUGCUGUGCUUUAUGCACGCCCACUCUUCGAGCGGCUUGGGAUUGCUGGAGGCGUUUCCCUCCUAGGUGGUCUGUCGUGUGGAGGUGUGAUGGGGGUGGCGGCUUUAUACAUGUGCGGAGCUAAUCUAAGAGCGAGAUCGAGGUUUGCGGAGACUUAGGGCUAUUCUUCUGAACUAUCGGGCCCCCGGACCGACUUGUGUGUUUCUGUUAAUAGUUAGGGUGCGUAAAUGUAAUAUCCGAGG